AUGAACAGGGGAACCAAAUCUAAAUGGCUUGUUUCCAGAAAAAAACUGACUGGGUUGUCUGAUUUGACAGUUUGUUGGUUAGUAUGCAUUCCACAUACCCAAAUGUACAGCGUGUGCGCAAGGACUGACCAAGUGAGUUCUUUAAUGAUGUCUCCCCUUUAAAUGUUGACUCAAAACUUGUGGCCAAGAUUCAAACCGACUUCUUUACCUUUGUCGAGGGGAAACUUUCAACCGAGUCAAAUGGCUUUAUCAAAUCACAAGAGAAGGAUGCCCCCUUUCUUCCUCCCUUUUUAUUUGCCAUUACUAUUGGAGGAGAGAGCAUUAAAGGACAGGACAGGGUUGGUCCACUGCCAUGGCCAGUCCUUACACAACUUCACAGUCUGGUUGCAUGUUGCUAGUUGUGGCGGUCAUGUGGGGUGAAGGUGAUGAAAAUAGUUCUUCAUGUGCGAUAAGAAAAGAACGGUUUAAAAAACGGUUUAAUACUGUUUAUUCACGUUUCCCUCCACUAACCACUGAAAACCACAUGUUUACAAGUUGGCCUACAUCUUUAUUUGAUCACUACAUAUGUUAGUUUGAUUCAGCCAGAGAGGUUUUGAAGUGUUACAGGUAAUCCAUGUAAAGUGUUUCGGGAAAGUGCUGUGGACACAAGGUGGUUAAAUAUUACGUGUUAUGUAACAGUGGGAAAAACAGGCCCACUGACUGCACACUGAUCAGAUGUUCAGGGGAGGGGUCUCUCCUUUUGUAUAAGUCUGGCCGAUCAUCAACCUGCUUGUCUCAGUUUAAUGAUGAUGGUGAAGCUGGGGAUUUUGGUAGCUUUUGCCGCGUUUCUGGAGACGGCCUCUGCGACCUCCCUCGGUGUGGUGUACACAGAGGGAGGUAUGGUGCAGGGCAAGAACAUUCGUCUUGGGUUCCGCCGUCACAUGGACGUCUUCAAGGGGAUUCCCUUCGCUGACAUCCCUGGAAGGUUUGAGAAACCAAAGCGUCACCCAGGCUGGGACGGUGUUCUGAAGGCCACCGAGUACAGGAAAAGAUGCAUUCAGGUGAAUCUCAUCAUGACCGAUACCAGAGGCAGUGAGGACUGUCUUUACCUGAACAUCUGGGUUCCUCACGGCCGCUCAGUGUCCACUGGUCUGCCCACUAUGGUCUGGAUCUACGGGGGAGGCUUCCUUACUGGAGGCUCGAUGGGUGCCAACUUCCUGAACAACUAUCUGUACAGCGGGCAGGAGAUUGCAGACCGAGGAAAUGUUAUUGUGGUGACGCUGGGAUACCGCGUGGGCACCAUGGGCUUCCUGAGCACCGGAGAAUCUGACUUACCUGGAAACUAUGGUCUGUGGGACCAGCACGCUGCCAUCGCCUGGGUGAACAGGAACAUCCGCUCGUUCGGAGGAGACCCCGACAACAUCACCGUCUUUGGAGAGUCUGCAGGCGGAGUUAGUGUCAGCUUCCAGACUCUCACUCCCCACAACAAAGGGCUGUUCAAGAGAGCCAUCUCCCAGAGCGGCGUAGCCACUUGCUCGUGGGCUAUCAACAGGAACCCCCGCAGGUUCGCUGAGGAGGUUGCUCUGAAGGUCGGCUGCCCCACCGAUCAAACUAUGGCUUCCUGUUUGAAGAUGACUGAUCCUGUGAAGCUUACGCUGGCUGGCUCUAUCAGUUUGUCCAGCUCACCCGAUAACCCCAUUUUCUUCAACCUGCUCCUGUCUCCUGUGAUCGAUGGCGACUUCGUGCCGGAUGAGCCUUCCAACUUGUUCCACAAUGCGGCUGAGAUCGACCUCAUCGCUGGAAUCAACGACAUGGACGGACACCUCUUCACUGGCUUAGAUGUUCCUUCAAUCAACCGCCCCCUGGUGGACACCCCUAUCGAGGACAUGAAGAGGCUCCUGGCUUCGUACACUAAGAAGGGCAAGGCUGCUGUGGACCACGCGUACUCCACAUACACCUCAACCUGGGGCUCAAACCCCAGCAAGGAGACCAUCAAGACAACCAUUGUGGCAAUCGGAACAGACUUCAUCUUCCUGGUUCCUACUCAGGUCGCCCUCUACCUUCAUGCUGCCAACGCCACAACCGGUCGCACCUACUCCUACCUAUUCUCUGAGCCCAACCGUCUGGGCGGCAUUACCUUACCUUACCCCAGCUGGAUGGGAGCCGACCACAUCGAUGACCUGCAGUACGUGUUUGGAAAGCCUUUCACCACACCUCUGGCGUACUGGCCUCGCUACCGUGACCUCUCUGGCUACAUGAUCGCCUACUGGACCAACUUUGCCAGAACUGGAGACCCCAACAAAGGAGAGUCGAGCGUGCCCGCUACCUGGCCUAAGUUCACCAGCGAUGGACACCAGUUCCUGGAGAUCCAUUCUAAGAUGGACAAGAGCUAUGUGGGACAGAAGAUGAGAAUGCGUUACGUGCAUUUCUGGACCAGUGUCCUACCCAACCUUCCCAUGACCAUCUCAGAAUAACAACCUGUGCACCCGCAGUGUGGUCCCAUAGAUCUGAAGUAUCAAAUCAAUAUUGGUCCAUGAAAAAAUGAAUUGAUCACAAACACAAUUUACAUUUCCUUAGUUUAAUUUUGUGUUGCCCUCUUUAAAUUCACAACAGGCUAUGUACAGUAGUGCUAACCCAAUUCACUUUGCAUGUAUGGAACCUUUUGGCUUUGUUUGUUUUUUGUUGGCUUUUUGGAUGUCAACAGAAGCUAUUAGCCUUCUACUGAAUACAAUGUUGGUGUUGAUCUUAAUGUACAAGACGUUAAUUGUUGUGCAGAAGUGUGCGUUAACUUCGUAAUAAGAAAUCAAAUCAAAACGGACUAAAGAUAUGGAUCUGUUGAUAUUCAGGCUGCAGUGCCAAUUUGCUUCCAGUUUAUCUGCGUUAGCUAGAGCAGGGGCUCUCAAAGUUUUUGGGGCCAGGGACCCCUUGCAGGGGAGAACAUUUCCCAGGACCCCUUCUUAAUUGUAACACUGAUUAGGCAUACGCUUACUACCAUUUGUACUCUUGGAUUCCAUUGGAACUAUGUGUACUCUAAAACCUUUCCACCUUAAUACUUCAGACCUAUUUCAUGGUGAUAAACAGAAACACAUUUCAAUUUAAA